AUACAUAAUUGUGCAAAUGAUAAUCAGUACAAACAGAAUGAUAUCUUCUUGCCCGCUGAUUAAAAAGCCUCAAAACCCAAUUUACAAGAAGAAAUACGCGCAUUAAAGACUUUGGUACGGAGAACGUCGAAGGAUUUCCUAAGCUGUGCGUUUUGUCGUUUUUGACAAAAUGUCAACUUCAAGUGCCCUGGUAGCUCUGGUUGUAUUCUGCUUGUGGACAUCAACACGAGGACAUUUAAUUCAACGUCGCCAGGUAAACCAAGGUGGAACAUCUCCUCAACAAUGUGCUGUAACUGACCGGCUGCUGGACAUGUUGCAGAAGGACAUGAAAACUUUGGAAAGCAAAUAUGACGAUUUGGUGGAUAAAUAUACCACAUUAGUUGAAACAACGGCAAAGUUGCAAAUCAAUGUGGCAAAAUUUACUUCGGAAAAGCAAGGAGCUGGCGGCAAGGACUGUGCUGAACUCUACAAGAACGGGUUAAAACUAAGCGGAGUGUACACCAUUACCCCCUCUAACGGCCAAAGUCCUUUCGAUGUCUACUGUGACAUGACCACUGACGGGGGAGGAUGGACGGUGUUCCAGAAGCGUAUGGACGGCUCAGUAGACUUCUAUCGCGGCUGGCAGGAUUAUAAACACGGCUUUGGUAACUUGAACGGGGAAUACUGGUUAGGAAACGACCAAAUAAACCUCCUAACUCACCAGGGGCACUAUGAACUCCGUGUUGACCUGGAAGACGCCGCAGGGGUGAAAGUCUAUGCUCGCUAUGAUAACUUUGCUGUCUCAUCAGAACGGACUAAUUAUCAGUUAACACUCGGAGCAUAUUCUGGAAACGCAGGUGAUUCCUUAUCCGACCACAAUGGUAUGCCGUUCACCACAAGGGACAGGGAUAACGAUAAUAGUGACAAGAAUUGUGCACAGUUAUACAAGGGAGGUUGGUGGUAUAAGAGUUGCCAUGCAUCCAAUCUGAACGGCCUGUACCACCUGGGUGAUCACAGCUCGUACGCUGAUGGCGUCAACUGGCUUGCAUUUAAAGGGUACUACCACUCCCUGAAGACAACGGUGAUGAAAUUGCGUCCUGUCGGUUUCAAAUCUGCAAAUAUCGUCAUUAUCUACAAAAUGUCAGCUUCAAGUGCCCUGAUAGCUCUGGUUGUAUUCUGCUUGUGGACUUCAACACGAGGACAUUUUAUUCAACGUCGCCAGGUAAACCAAGGUGGAACAUCUCCUCAGCAAUGUGCUGUAACUGACCGACUGCUGGACAUGUUGCAGAAUGUUGUUCAGACACAGCAGCAGGAACUGAAGACACUAGAGAACAAAUAUGACGACUUACUGGUUAAAUAUACCACAUUAGUUGAAACUACAGCAAAGUUGCAAAUCAACGUGGCAAAAUUUACUUCGGAAAAGCAAGGAGCUGACGGCAAGGACUGUGCUGAACUCUACAAGAACGGGUUAAAACUAAGCGGAGUGUAUACCAUUACCCCCUCUAACGGCCAAAGUCCCUUCGAUGUCUACUGUGACAUGACCACUGACGGGGGAGGAUGGACGGUGUUCCAGAAGCGUAUGGACGGCUCAGUAGACUUCUACCGUGGCUGGCAAGAUUACAAACACGGCUUUGGUAACUUGAACGGGGAACACUGGUUAGGAAACGACCAAAUAAAUCUCCUAACUCACCAGGGGCACUAUGAACUCCGUGUUGACCUAGAAGACGCCACAGGGGUGAAAGUUUAUGCUCGCUAUGAUAACUUUGCUGUCUCCUCCGAACGGACUAAUUAUCAGUUAACACUUGGGACAUAUUCUGGCGACGCAGGUGAUUCCUUAUCCUACCAUAAUGGUGCGUCGUUCUCCACAAAGGACAGAGAUAACGAUUCGGAUACACAUAAAAAGCAUUGUGCACAGUUUUACAAGGGAGCUUGGUGGUACAAGGGUUGCCACUUUUCCAAUCUGAACGGCCUGUACCACCUGGGUGAUCACAGCUCAGAUGGUGAUGGUGUUAACUGGCGGGCAUUUAGAGGAAGCCACCACUCCCUGAAGUCAACUGAGAUGAAAGUUCGUCCUGUCGGCUUUAAAUCUACAAAUAUCGUCAUCGGGUGAAUUUCAGUCUCUUCCUUGGCAAUAUCUUAUUUCAAUCCCUGCCAAUGAAAAGGGAAGAUGACAUAUUAUUGUAAUGCUAAUUUAUGAACCUAUAAUUUUAACGUUCCAAAGCCACAUCUAAACCGAAAUUGAAUACUUUUUUUUUCCGUUCGAAAUAAAGUUCAUACUUAUGUCAAUUGAAUAAAACCAAAGGACAUAUGACAAGCGAUUCUACAAUAUUUUCGAAAUAUGUAACGCGAUGAUCAAGUUAAGUGUUUGUACUGCAAUGUUUUGAGAGAAUAUUUUUCAACGAAAUCACUUGAAACGACUGCCCUUAUUUCACUUCAUCAAACUGACAGCGCUCACAUAACAUCUGUUGCAGCGAUAGAACUUUCUUAAGACUUGUGGAACUCCAGUGAAGCAAUCAAAUAAACCAGUUUAAUGUG